UCCAGGUCCACCUCCAGGUCCGGGUCCACCUGUAGCAGGUCCACCUGAAGCAGGUCCAGGUCCACCUGUACCAGGUCCGGUUCCACCUGUAGCAGGUCCAGGUCCACCUCCAGGUCCGGGUCCAACUGUAGCAGGUCCAGGUCUACCUGUAGCAGGUCCAGGUCUACCUCCAGGUCCGGGUCCACCUGUAGCAGGUCCACCUGAAGCAGGUCCGGGUCCACCUGUAGCAGGUCCAGGUCUACCUGUAGCAGGUCCAGGUCUACCUCCAGGUCCGGGUCCAACUGUAGCAGGUCUACCUGAAGCAGGUCCGGGUCCACCUCCAGGUCCAGGUCCACCUGUAGCAGGUCCACCUGAAGCAGGUCCGGGUCCACCUGUAGCAGGUCCAGGUCCACCUCCAGGUCUACCCAUAGCAGGUCCACCUCCGCUCCAUCCAGCUGCUCUGCAGCAGCUUCCUCUGCUCCUGCAGACUGAGGACCUGCAUCCCCUCCAGCAGAUCAUGAGCAGCCGCCGGAAGAGGGCCCCCCCGGCGAGGGUGGAUGAGGAGGCCAAGAGGAGGCUGGCCUGGGACAUGCUGGAGGACCGCAGGAACGAGGUCCAGGACCAGCCCACCCCCUCCUGCUCCAGCGGCCCCCCGCCCAGCGCCGCGGAGGCUUUCUGCACGCCCCCCCUCCGGGUUUCAGAAGAGCGCCCUGGCCCGUCGGCGGACGGCAGCUCUUGCUCCGCCUCCUUGGCGCUCUCCGUCCUGCCGGCCUCCAGGCUGGCCCCUGUCUGGAAGGCUGUGAUCGGGGAGUUCAGAGUGCAGCCGGCUCGGCCCCCGCCCGAUGGGGAGCAGAGGGGGUUCACUCUGCACCGCGCGGGGGGGCAGCUGCGCCUCAGCUACAGCGCGGAGGAGCAGACGUGGAGCCCGGGGGGGGACGGCUGCCCCGCGGAGGCCGGCCUCAGCAGGAUCUCCCUGGAGGAGCUGGACUGGCUGCAGAGGAGGCGCGUGGUGCAGCUCCUCCACCAGGCAGACGCGCCGGCGUUCAAGGUUGGGAUUUUCCUGCUGGAAUCCGGACUGGGAAAGCCGGAGUUCCUCAGUGAGGGGAACGCUCGUCUGAAAAAGGCCAACCAGCUGCUGCAGAAGCUGAUGGAGUAUUUCUACGACUUCAUCAUCCCAGAGGUGGUGGACAACAACGAGGAGGAGUGCGACACGGACCUGGAGCGGCAGAACGUGGAGGAGCUGUACGACUACGUCAGACACGUGCAUCAGAGGGACAGCCAGCAGGGGGCGUGGGACGUCCAGCACAAAGCUCUGAUCCCGGUGCUGAGGCCCUACCAGAGCCAGGCCGUCAACUGGAUGCUGAGGAGAGAGCGGCUCCGGAGCGGCGCUCCCAAAGAUCCGUCGCUGCAUUUCCUCUGGAGGGAGCUGCUGACUCUGUGUGGGAAGAAGCUGUUUUACAACCCGUUCACUGGCUGUUUGAUCCGAGAGUUCCCGCUGAGCGGGAUCGAGUGGCCCGGCGGGAUCCUGGCCGACGAGAUGGGGCUGGGCAAGACGGUGGAGGUUCUGGCGCUCAUCCUGUCCCACAGCAGGCAGGACGUGCAGCAGGAGGCCCUCACCCUGCCGGCGGGGAAGUCGGUGAAUUAUUUCGUCCCUCCCCCUCCUCUGGAGAGGAAGGCGGCUUCGCGCUGCCGCUCCGCCGUCCCGCCCAGAGCCAGAGUGUCCUACCCCACCGUGCGCGCCAUGCUGGUCACCGCCAUCAAGGAGAUGCGAUCCGGCAAAGGCGCCUCCAUCAACGCCGUCUUCACCUACAUCCGCGCCACCUACGGCUACGACCUCCUGAAGAACCGCACCCACAUCAAGAAGACUCUGGCCAAGCUGAUCAGCGAGGAGCUGGUGGAGCAGGUCAAAGGUCGCGGCCUGGCGGGCUCGUUCCGGCUGGGGAAGAACCACAAAGAAACCCAGAAAAUCCUGGCGGCCGCGACCCGAUCGACGUGCAGACCGGCGGACGCCACGCCCAGGAAACCCUCGCAGAGGCGAGCCAAGGAGAGGGCGGAGGCCGCUCUGCACACCGCCCUCUCUGAAGAUCCAGUGUCUGGCUGUCCUGUGGAGGAGGACGGGGGCGGGGCUCCUCAAGAGGAGGAGGGGCUGCUCCACGCCGCGCCGGCCUCCACGCAGGCGAGUCUGGACAAGGCGGAGCUGCAGAGAGAGAGGAGUGUGGAGGAGGAGCCUGAGGAGAGGGGAGGAGCCUCUGAACCGGAGGAGACCCCCACCAGAGCGUCGCUCGCCCCCUUCAACACCCCCGACUACCGCUUCGAGUGCAUCUGCGGCGAGCUGGGCGUCAUCGACUGCAAGGCGCGCGUGCAAUGCAUGAACUGCCAGCUGUGGCAGCACGCCGACUGCGUCAACUACAAGGAGGAGAGCCUCGCCACCACGCCGUUCUACUGCCCCCACUGCCUGGUGGCCAUGAAGCCCGUCUCCACCGGCGCCACGCUCAUCAUCUCGCCCAGCUCCAUCUGCCAUCAGUGGGUGGAGGAGAUCAACCGCCACAUCAGGUCGGCCUCGCUGCGCGUGCUGGUGUAUCAGGGCGUGAAGAAGCACGGCUUCAUCCAGCCGCGCGUGCUGGCCCAGCAGGACGUGGUCAUCACCACCUACGACGUGCUGCGCUCCGAGCUCAACUAUGUGGACAUCCCGCACAGCAACAGCCAGGACGGACGCCGCUUCCGCAACCAGAAGCGCUACAUGGCGGUGCCCAGCCCCCUGGUGGCCGUGGAGUGGUGGCGCGUCUGCCUGGACGAGGCGCAGAUGGUGGAGUGUCCCACAGCGAAGGCGGCAGAGAUGGCUCUGCGUCUGGCGUCGGUCAACCGCUGGUGUGUGAGCGGGACGCCGGUCCAGAGAGGCCUGGAAGAUCUCUACGGCCUGGUGCUGUUCCUCGGAGUGGACCCGUACUGGGUCAAGCACUGGUGGGACCAGCUGCUCUACCGGCCGUACCGCCGCGGGAACACCGAGCCGCUCUACGCCGUCGUGGCUCAGAUUCUGUGGCGCUCGGCCAAGAAGGACGUCAUCGACCAGAUCCAGAUCCCCCCCCAGACGGAGGAGGUGCACUGGCUGCACUUCUCCCCCGUGGAGGGGCACUUCUACCACCGCCAGCACGAGGUCUGCUCCCGCGACGCUCUGCUCAAACUGCAGAAGAUCUCCGACUGGAGCCUGAAGCUGGGCAGCCUGGACCGCCGCACCGUGGACAGCAUCCUGUACCCGCUGCUGAGGCUGCGGCAGGCCUGCUGCCACCCCCAGGCUGUGAGGGGGGAGUUCCUGCCCCUGCAGAAAAGCACCAUGACGAUGGAGGAGCUCCUGAAGUCCCUGCAGAAGAAGUGUCGGGUGGAGUGUGAGGAGGCGCACCGCCAGCUGGUGUGCGCUCUGAACGGCCUGGCCGGCAUCCACAUCAUCAGACGGGAGUUUGUGGAGGCGGCAGAGAUGUACAGGGAGGUGCUGCGCUCCUCCGAGGAGCACAAGGACCGGCUGAAGACGGACUCGCUGCAGAGGCUCCACGCCACCCACAACCUGAUGGAGCUGCUGAGCGCAAAGCAUUCUGGGAUUCCCCCGACGCUGAGGGACGACCGGCUGAGCGAAGAGGCGGAGCAGCUGCGGCAGCACUACAUGACCAAAUACGACCACGAGGUGGCCGACGCCCACCAGGCCCUGCAGCCGGUGCUGCAGAACAUCAAGGAGCUGAAGCGGCAGGUCGACCUGAGCUCUCCGUGGUGGCUGGAUGUGAUCCAGAAGGCCAUCCGCUUCUCCACGGCCGACGACCUGGUGUCCCGGGUCAAGAACGAGCUGACGUCCAGCUACAAGCAGCCGGCCAACAAGCUGUCCAUGGCAGAAAAGUUUCGUGACGCCUCUGGUCUGCAGUUUCUGCUCAGCACUCAAAUGCAGGACCUGAUGCGGUCUCAGCAGACGGUUCGGGAUGCGGUGAAAAGCCUGGAGGGGCCGGCCUCCAGAGAGGUCAUCGAGGAGGCCACCGUCUGCCACCUCAGGCCCAUGCGGCUCCCUCUCAACAACUGCGUGUUUUGCAAAGCAGACGAGCUGUUCACGGAUUACGAGUCCAAGCUGUUCGCUCACACCGUGAAAGGCCAGACGGCCAUCUUUGAGGAAAUGAUUGAGGACGAAGAGGGGCUGAUGGACGACCGCCUCCCCACCACCAGCCGCGGCCUGUGGGCCGCCAGCGAGACGGAGCGCACGCUGAAGGCCAUCCUGUCAUUCGCCAAAAGCAGACGCCUGGACCCGGAGCUGGUGGAGGAGGGAAACACCUUCAUGGAGCUGUUUGAGAACUGGAAGAAGGAGUACAAGGUUCUGCACGAGUACUGGAUGGUGCUGCGGAAUCACGUGUCGGCCAUCGACGAGCUGGGCAUGGCCACGGAGAGGCUGCGCGUCCGUCUGCCGGACGAGCCCAAGCCCAAGCUGCUGCACAUCAUCGAACCGCACGAGGUGGAGCAGAACCGAGUCAAGCUUCUGAACGACCAGGCGGUGGCCAAGUCUCAGCUGCAGAAGAAGCUGGGACAGUUUCUGUACCUCACUAACCUGGAGAAGUCCCAGGACAAGUCCACCGGCGGGCUGAACCCAGAACCGUGUCCCAUCUGUGCCCGGCCUCUGGGCCAGGAGUGGGCGGUGCUGACCUGCGGCCACUGCUUCUGUAACGAGUGCAUCUCCAUCAUCGUGGAGCAGUACAGCGUGGGCUCGCGGCGCCGAGCCAUCAAGUGCGCCAUCUGCAGGCAGACCACGUCCCACACAGAGAUCUCCUACGUCUUCACCACGCAGGCCAGCAGCCAGGACCAAGACGUCCCCGUGAAGGGAAGCCAUUCCACCAAGGUGGAGGCCGUGGUGAGGACGCUGAAGAGGAUCCAGAUCCGGGAUCCCGGGGCCAAGUGUCUGGUCUUCUCCACGUGGCAGAACGUUCUGGACAUCAUCGCCAAGGCCUUGUUUGACAACAACAUGGAGUUCUCCCAAAUCAACGGGAUCCACAAAUUCCAGGAGAACCUCAGCUCCUUCAAGUACGAGGACCAGAUCAACAUCCUCCUCCUCCCCCUCCACACGGGCUCCAACGGGCUGAACAUCAUCGAGGCCACCCACGUCCUGCUGGUGGAGCCCAUCCUCAACCCCGCCCACGAGCUGCAGGCCAUCGGCAGAGUGCACCGCAUCGGACAGACCAAGCCGACGUUUGUUCACAGAUUCCUCAUCAAGUCCACCAUAGAGGAGCGGAUGCAGGCCAUGCUGAAGACGCAGGAGAAGAGUCACAGCAGCGCAGCCAUGAAGCACUCGGAGGCCGCCGUCCUGACCGUGGCGGACCUGGCGGACCUGUUCACCGAGGACGCCGAGUCUCUGGAGUGAAACCGCACCGCGACCACGAAAGUUUCUGCUCCUUCAGCUCUCAUGGACAGAACCGGACCGUUCUGGAUCAGCGCCCUCUGGCGGUCGGACAGACCCCUGAGGAUCGGGAUCCGAGCCCUUCUCUGUGAUCUGAUGAUUCCUCUGGAUCUGGAUUCAGAUCUGAACGAUGAACUCCUGAUGAUCCGCCGGGUCGUUCCCGGCGCCGCCCGUUCUUUAUUUAUUGGAAUAAACGCAGACGCGUCUUUUACGAA